UAUGGCGCCUCUCUAAGCGCUUAAGGCAUAAAUGAAACGUUUUGAAUUAGGUAGUAAAUGAAACUUAUUUUAAUAUAUAUUUUACAUCUACAUAUUAACUAAGUUUGUACAACGGAAUAAAGAAACAAUCGGAUUUUAUUUUAUUAUUUAAUCACUUUAUUAAUAUGAGUAGUUCUACUUUUGUUCUUGAUAAUGGUGCCUAUACCGCAAAAGUUGGGUUAGCUUCCGACAAUGCCAAAUUAGUUCCAAAUUGUAUAAUGAAAGCGAAAAGCGAACGACGAAGACCUUUUGUAGGAAAUCAAAUCGAAGAAUGUCGAGAUGCAUCUGGUCUGUUUUAUAUCUUACCGUUUCAAAAAGGAUAUCUCGUCAAUUGGGACGUUCAGAAGACUGUCUGGGAUUAUAUAUUCUCUAAAGAAUGCUGUCUGGUAAACUUGAAUCAGCUUUCUGUAAUUGUAACUGAACCUUUAUUUAAUUUUCCAACCAUUCAAGAAGCUAUGACAGAAAUAUUUUUUGAAGAAUACGAAUGUCAAAGUCUUUUAAGAAUCAAUAGCUCUACUCUCUCUUGUUAUCAAUAUAAAAUGGAAAAUCCUAAUACAAAAUGUUGUAUUGUAGUUGAUAGUGGUUAUAGCUUUACACACAUAGUACCAUAUAUAAAUGAUACCAAAGUUAAAGAAGGUAUUAGACGCAUUGACGUGGGUGGAAAACUUCUUACAAAUCACCUCAAAGAAAUUAUAUCUUAUCGUCAGCUUCAUGUUAUGGAUGAAACUUAUGUAAUAAAUCAGGUGAAGGAGGAUUCUUGUUUUGUUUCUUCAGAAUUUUUCAAGGAUAUGGAAACUGCCAAAAAUAAGUUAGAAAACAAUCCUAUAGUCAAAGAUUAUGUUUUACCAGAUUAUACAACAUUAAGACGUGGUUUCCUCAAAAAUCCGGAACCUCCUAAUGAACAACAAACUCUACGUUUAAGCAAUGAAAGAUUUGCUAUACCCGAAAUCUUGUUUUUUCCCUCGGAUGUUGGUAUUCGUCAAAUGGGUAUUCCAGAAGCAAUUAUGGAUUGCUUGAAAGCAUGCGACGAAGAGACGUGGCCGCAUCUUUUGUCUAAUAUUAUUCUUACUGGAGGUAACGCAAAAUUUCCUGGAUUCCAAGAAAGGAUUUACAAGGAAGUUAGAAGCUUAGCACCUGCAGAAUAUACGAUAAAUGUGCAUUUACCUGAAAACCCGAUCACAUAUGCAUGGCACGGUGGUAAAACACUUUCAAAAGAUCCAAUAUUUUCAAGUCUUUUGGUAACUAGAGAGGAUUACGAGGAAGAGGGCCAAAAUCUUUGUUUCGAACGUUUCGAUGUCUAACUUUAAUAAAUUUGUUGUAUUAAAUAAUCCGUACAUAUGUGUACAAUAUUGUAUAUUGUAUAUAAUAUCGCGACAUAUAUUAAUCUCUUUUUUUUACAUGUGAUACGAAUAAUAUAAAAAAUAUAAGUGGAAUGUAUAAAUAA